GCUGUCAAAUGAUGGUUUAUUCGGUGUGUUCAAAGUUAUAUUGCGGAAAAAUGGCAGCAUUACGGCUAAAAAGUGUGAAAAACGUAACAAAAUGCCUUUUAAGUGGCAAUUUUUGUACACAAAUUCGACAAAAAUCAACGAAAUUAUUGACAACGGCCGUUGAAUCAUUGAGCACCGUUGAAAAGGUGGUGACAACCAGUGAUGGCAGCACAUUUGUUGCCUGGCAUCCAACACAUGAUUUUCCAUAUGAAUUUUCAAAACCAUUGCCACCAUUGAAUCAAAUUCCAGCCAGUACACUGAUGAAAGAAGAAUCCAUUCAACGAGCCAUGGAAGCGUUCGGUUCAAAACAUCCAGAAAUUGCACGUCUAGAGCUCAUGAAACUAACCAAUACGUCAAAACACACCUGGAAGCCCAGACAACGUGACCGAAAAGCAAAGAAAACACAACCAGACCGAGAAUAUUUAUAAAUACAUGCAUUUAAUUUGUAUUGCUUUUAUUUAGUGCUAAAAAAAAAAAACAAAUAGAAAAAUACCGCAAAUAAAAUUCAGAUCAAUUUACA